CUGGCAAUAAGGGAAGAUCGCGAGGACAAACCAAAAUUACAUUCUCCGCUCAUUCCGCCUGAAAAUCGCAUCCGCGACCCGACACGGAAGGAUCCCCGUGGACGACGCUCGCUUGUUGCGCCGCGUGCAGGCGUCGUGGCCGUGGACGGCAGUGGAAGACAAGACUCCUACCAUUUCAAGAAAUCAUUGCGGAUGACUGACUCAGCUAAACGUCGAAGCAUGUUGUGUUAAAGAAACACUUAUGCAGGUGGAUCCUACACUAAUGAAUGUAGGGGAUGGCGGCACGGUGAGCAGAGAGAUCAGUGCUCCAAAUAAAGCGUCCACUACUAUGGUGGGAAAUCCCCCCCAGACGCUACCCCCUGAGUUCCGAGGAGAUGUUACCCUCAGUCAGCAAAACAAAGCUACUACAACAACAGACUGUAAGACAGCGAGAGUCUGCCCGGACACUUCCAAUUACAACCACAGCCUGCAGCUUUCCCCACCUCAGCAGCUCAACCAUGCGUCGAUGUCUGGCCCAGUCCUCCGCAGCUCAGAGAAUAGGGCAGACACCAGAGAAGACACACCUAAAUUAAAAUCUGACGCCCUCCCCGCACCUCACCGGUCAACUGGAGGAAAAGUCAGCCCAGAGGACUCGCUCGAGCCCAGUCACGGCCUUGUGACGUCAAAAGUGGAAUCAGAAAAAAGCGUUCCACCUGGUUUCCAGCACUCGGUGCUAAAACCAGCCCAUCCUGUGGCCUUUCUCCCACCUGCCAAUUUCUCCUCUCCACUUUGUAAAAUCGCUCUCCCACCAGCACUGGGUCCGAUUGCAGCAUUGAGAGAAUCAACUGCCAGUCAGUAUCAGAAAGACAUUCAGCCUCAAAGCUCAGGUGUUGCCGGAUCAACUCUUAUGCAGCCCCUCCCCUUUCCUUUCCAGUCAGGAGCUCCGGACAAAAAGAUUUCAAAACCCAAAUCUAACCAUUCAACUUGUAAGACCACCAAAUCUGCAGGGGAACUGAAGACGUUGGCCUCUGCCGUGGCUUCGCCAACCAUGGCUCUACCAUUGCAGCACCCCUCGCUGACCUCCGCUGCGCCCACCUGCUACACUUUAUCUCCCACGGCUGCCAUUUGUUGUGGCUCGGCGCUGGCUAGCAUCACCUCACAAAGCCGGAAGCUCAAUCAUGUUGAGAAAAACAUCAGUAUCGACAAGACCCCCAUCACUCCUCUGAAAACAAUCCCCCCUGCUGCUUUAGAUCACCAAGCUGUUUCUUGCCCAUUUGAAUCAGGGGAUGUACCCCUGGAUUUAUCUGCUAAAUCUAAACGUACAAAAUGUGUAGUUGACUCCCAGGUUUCCAAGACCGAGGCCGGAAAUAAAUCAAAUGUCUCAGAGUCCAAUCGGAGGGAUUUUCUGAACUCAAAAAGUAACCAUUCUUCAACAUAUACUUCCGCUGUCCCGUACCCUGUUUUACCCAACACACACAAAAACGGAUCAAAUCAAAAGCAGCUACAUCGGCCACAAAACCACCAGGUGACAGAACCGAAACCAUUGUGGUGCAAAGGGUCUCCUCAGGACCCAAUUAAAAAUAUCCCAGGAACUUAUGUAGGUGUGGCUAGCCCCAUACUGGCCUCUACUCUUCGAGGGAAAGAUGGAACCUUCGGCGAUGACUUUCAGAGUUUUGCCAAGCAGGAGCUUAUUUCUAUCAUCGACCAAGGAGAACAUCUAGCCUCAGUAGGAAAGAAGCCAUCCUGUCUUACCAAGUGUAACCAACAUGCUCAGGGUGCCAAGCAUGUUAAAAACACCAGCACAAGCGCUAGUAAGAACUGUCCAGCUAAAGGAGCCCUACUGACUGCCCUAUCCAGCUCCACUAAUAUUCUCCAAAAAAGCGCAACUAUCAAAACGCAGGUGCCCUUCUCUCCCAGUGUUGGUCAAGUGUGGCAACAAUCAUCUCAUCAUCCACAUCCAGCGUUUUCUGUUCCUAGGAAAAUUCAACCAGGUUCCCCAAAGGCCACCACAGGUUCAGGCGUUUCAAAGUUCCACGGUGCGCGCAAGAGCCCCCCCAAAACGGACAGUGAUAGGUGGGACAGUACGUCUCCCCUGUCUAACCUCGCCUCCAUUGUGAAGCAGCAAACUCUGGAAGCUACUGCGCUCGCAGGAACUGUUCAGGCAGGGGUGCUAUCGUCCAGGCUAGCUGACAGUCACACGCUGAUGAGUGAUUCCCAAGUAAGAAAUACGAACCUAAAAAACCCACUUUUCUGUUCGGUGGAAAAAAGGGCUUGUGGGUCAUUCCAAGGGGACUCGAGUAACGCUUUGAAAAUACUUGAAAAGGUUAACGCCAUGGGGACUUUGGACGCUAGCACAGAUAUACACACCAGUAAACAAGUUGGGGCCAAGAAUGGCUCCUCGAAGCCCACCGGCCACUCUCAUCCUGUCAAGGGCAGCGCAUCAACAAAUGGGAACCGGAUGGACAGCAAGUUAGCCCAGGUUUUGGAAGGAACUACACUAAAGACGGAAAGUAACACGUCGGACAACACCCGCAGUGAAAAGUACCAGGGUAUCGUCGCCUCCAUCCUAACAAGCCAGCGCUCGCGAGAUGACAAGUUUGAGAAGACGACAAACGGAACCAAAGAAGAGUCGCCGACCAAAGCAAAAGCUGCUGCCAUUAAACAAAAGAAUGCCAGUCCUAAAAAGCCCGUGAAGGUGAAGUCAUCACCAGAUCUGUCAAAGAAGGCUGCGGAGAAGAGAAAGCAAGAUAGUCCAAACAACGCGCCUUGCCAAAAGAAGCCGAAGAAACCAAGUGCACCUGUUCUGGAGGAGAGUCUGUCGGCGGGAAAACAGUCCCUGCAGAGUGCUGAGCAGGUUCCAGCGGAGAAAGCCCAACCCUGCAAAACAGAGCAAUCAACUGCCACUAAACAAGAUGCAGAGGUCAGUUCGGAGAGAUCAGAGGCCAAGAACACAUCUGACUGUAACGAGAGCGACUCUCCAGACAUCUCUUCCCCGAGACUCAGGAAGGGACGGCGGCGAGCCGAUGAAGCCAGACACGACCUUUGGGGCUUUGCUACACCUUCUCCUCCACCCCCAAAUAUUCUUCUCUUGCCGACCCCGCCUUCGCCCCCAUCCACACCCACCCAACCAGCACGCCGUCCACGAGGGCGACCUCGCUCAAAACCUCUGCCCGAUCAGACAGUUCAGCAGAACAAGGGCAAGACGGACGGAGACUCGUCGGCUCAUAAGAAGCGCAAAAGGUACAGGAGUAAGAAGUAUCAGACUGGCGACUACAUUACGGAGAAACUGGAGGAUGGGGAGACGCUGGAGGAAUCGGACUCCAUGAAGCAGGAGGAUACUACUGCAGAAGAUUCUCAGCUGAGUCCUGCUGCCUCGAGUCCAGAUCCUUCCCCUCGGAGACCCCCCUUCACCCGCUCUGGCUCGAUCCACUACCAGGACAGUGAGCUGUCACCAGAACGUCCCGACAAGCCCUCAGGGAAGAGGAAGUUCAAAAGCAAACACCUGUGCGACGGCAGCGAGUCCAAGACGAAGACCAAACGCGGCAGCUUAACCAAACGGUCACUUCCUCUUGAUGAAGAUGAGGUUGAGGUGAAAAGAGAAGACAGUACUCCUCCAUCUACCAAGAGUUUGCUGAACUCUCCGACUAAUAAUAAAAGAAACAGAGAUUUGGAGUCUUCUCCCAAAAGGCCUAUUCCACCCGAGGUGCGUCGGCUAAUCGUGAAUAAAAACGCUGGCGAGACUUUGCUGCAGCGUGCGGCUCGUUUGGGCUACCAGGAAGUGGUUCUGUACUGUCUGGAGAAGGAUGUCCGAGAGGUCAACAGGCGGGACAACGCCGGCUACACUGCUCUGCACGAGGCCUGCUCGCGGGGUUGGACGCAGAUCGUGGAGAUCCUCCUGAAACACGGAGCAGAUGUCAACUGCAGCUCUCAGGACGGAACACGGCCUCUUCAUGACGCAGUGGCCAGUGACAACCUUCCCAUCGUGUGGUUGCUUCUCAAUCAUGGCGCCGACCCGACGCUCGCCACCUACUCUGGACACACGCCAGUCAAGCUCGCGCACAGUCAGAGCAUGAAGGACUUCCUGUCAGAGUACUUCACUGACCUGGAGGGCCGCGGGGAGCAGGAUCCCCAGACGUCGUGGGAGUUCUACAGCAGCUCCCUGUUUGAGACGGAGCAGGAACCGUGUUGGGACUUCCUGCUCACGGAGCAGAACCAGGAGCAGGAGACGAGCGAGACGAAGAACCCGGAAGUGGAAUCGGACAAAGACUGUCUGGUGUUUGAACUCUCAUCCGAACCGCUUCUGCCCUGCUACCAUGUUCAGGUGUCACUAGCACAAGGCUUCUGCAACUGGUUCCUCCUGGCCGAUGUGGUCAAGCGCCUGAAGGUGUCGGAGCGGAUCUUCCAGGCCCAGUACCCGCACCUAGAGGUGGUCAGCAUCUCACGGGACGAAUUCUGCAGCCAGGUGCUGGUCAGCCAAGUGAGCUCAGGGCUGGCGUCGCCACGAAAAGGCAAAAGUAAGGAGGAGGAGGAAGACGGGAGCGAUGAAGACGAGGGACUUGUGCACUUGGUGAGGUGUGUGCCGGAACUGCAGAGACUACUAGGCUCAUCCAUUCACUUUCUCGGCGAGGAAGACGAGGAAGAGGACGAGCAGACCAGGAAGAGUCGAUAGCCUCUGAAGAACUCUGACACCGAUAACCUUUGACCUCAGACAGAAGGAGAUUAAGAGAUCGCAGCGGUGCCACUUCACGGACCUGCACGCAGGAGUGGCCGGUGCUGGUCAGCAGCUUUCAGGUUCUCAACUCUAUAUUUGAAAUACGCGAACAAACCUUUUUUUUUUUAAAACAAGGAUGGCACCAGACUCACCUGCCGUCACAGAGCGGAAGUUCAGCAGGCGUCAGGCGAACGCAGACUUUUGUGUAGCUAUUUUUGACAUGAGCUGAUCAGAGGAUUGUGUCGGUGUGAACUCUGGCGUGAAGACGCUGAAGGUCGGGACGGAGUCUCAGGAGAGACCACAUCACGUUCCCUCACCACAACCAUGUCAUACAGCUGAAAGCCUCCACUUGAGGGAAAACCUUUGAUCAUAAAAGUCCGCUUUGGUUAUCUACAUCAUUGUAGGAAUUUCACUUGAAGUCACACUUUUUUUUCACAACCCAAAUAUUUAUUUUAGUUAUUGAAAUAGCAUUAUUUGAAUUAUACUAUUUAAAUGUAUUAAGUAUUAAAAAGUGUUGUUCAAGUGAAGAAGUCUGCCUUGAUUUUCUGAAUUAUUUUUUGUUCUAAAUUAUUAGGUUGAAAUUAUUCAUCUAAAUCUGAUUUAAAUCCUGACUUAGUGACAGCUAGUCCCUUCAUGUGCUGUCUGAAAAAAAUGAAAAAUAAAUGUCUAUUCAGAAAAUCAAGGCAAACUUUGAUAAAAUAAUAUUUUUCAAAAUUCAAAUUAAAGGACAGUCACAUCAUUUAAGACACAUGAGUGUGAUGUUCCAGCGAGCACAUGAACGCACCACCAGGAAGUUGCAGAAAUUUGAAUCCUCGGAUUUGUGUUUGUUUUUUUCCCUCAAGUGGAACGCCAUUUCACCACAUACACUUUGGGAGCUUCCCGUUGUGUCCACGAGUCCUGUGGAUCCCCCUCGAAGGACAAGUCCUGAACCUGCUCCCACUUCCCUCUGAGUGCUUUUUGUUGCAGUGCUCUCUCCACACUGUUUUUGUUUUUUUUUGCUUUAUUUAAUAGUCAUUAAUAUAUUUGACCUCUUGUGUGUCUGAUCCUGGGGAGAAGUUGCUUUGUCAGGUUGGUGCUUUUUUUUUUUUGUCAGAAUCCCUUUAUUCCUCCCUCGCUCAGAGUGUUUCGAGAAAAAAGGCAGAAGUACAGUUUUAUUGUACUGGUGCUAAGAAAGAUUUUGUGUUGACAAUCAAUGAUAUUUUGGUUUGAGAUCACAAACUGAUGAACAUAUUUAAAGAGUAUAGUGGCGCAGGAGAGGAAACACCAGGAGUGAGAGACUGUGAAAGAGACUUUGAUUCUUUUUAAGAAUAAAGCAUGACCGUGAAUCAUAGUUCCCUUUUCUGGUGUUUAUGAGAAGUAGAUUAUUAAAAGAUU